CUUGAAGUUGCCUUUACGCGCAAGUUCGCGGUGCCUGCGCUAGACUCAACCACGAAUGUCAUUGAACUGCAGCCACAUCAAAUCCCCAGAGCCUUGCACCGCCACAUCUACGUGUGGCGCCAAAAAAAGUCUCGCCAACCAGACUGGUAGCCGAAAUCUCAGCUCUUAUGUCUCGUCCAUGCCCCUUCUUUCCUGAUUGAGGCUGUUUAGUCGAUAACAAUUAAAAGCAAUCGAAGGUCACGUCUCGUACUGGCGGGUGUUGGAUAUCUUCAGCCCCAGAUGGCCGUACAGCAAGCUGGAAUUCCAGCUUGGAAACGGCUCGGUCUCAAACUAAAAUAUGCAAAAGAUCCAACUGAAGAUGUUUUGGCCUCCAAUAACAGUCCAAGCCAGUCGUCCGGACAAGAUGCUCCUACAGUAGAGCCCCCAAAGAAAAAACGCAGAGUUGAGCCACAAACCAGUGGUCACUCCAAGCCCGCUGGGAGUGGUUCGGAGCCUUCUCAAGUUUCUGAGCCAGCAGAUGGAGAGCCUAAAGCAAAGAAACUGAAGAAACGAGUUUCAUUCUCUGUUGACACCAAGGUGACUUCUGACACUUCUGCGACGUCUUCGCCGGCUCAAAAGCCAGAACACGGAACCACAUCUGAAGCCUUGCCAGCGGAACCCAAGAAGGUAAAAUCGAAAACGAAGACGAAAUCAAAGCAGAAACCGCUUUCGGCCCAGAAACCAAAUGCAGCCCUCGAUUAUCUCAACCAAUACUACAAGUCUCGUUCAGACUGGAAGUUUAAUAAAAACCGGGAGGUCUGGAUCUUGAAGCAUGCUCUCUCCGAGAACGACAUUCCCAGAGAGUACGAUUUUGCAUUGGCAAAAUACAUCCAUGGUUUACAGGGAUCUGGCGCCCGUGAAAGGCUGAAAACACAGUGUUUUGACCAGUUACGAAUGGUGGAAUUAUCUACCCCUUCUGAGGACAAUCAAGCUCAAGAUGAAGAGUUUUCCCGGCAAUUCCGUGAAGCUCUUGACGAGGGACUCCGAACACAAAGCGACAGAGUGAGGACUGAUGAGUUCAUGGCUUGGCUCCGGCAGCAGUCGCGGGCCAGGCUGUUACUUUGGAGUCUGGGGAUCGACGAUCAUGCAACCAGUUCGAAUGGCACAGACGGUUCCGGUGCGCAAAUGAAACCAGCGACGAAGAAGAAGCGGAAGAACAGGACCGUGGUCGUGGACUAUGACACUUCUAGUUCCGACUCCAGUUCAGGUUCUAGCGAGAGCGAGAGCGACAGUGACAGCGACACCGACAGUGAUGAAGACGACCAGGAGAGCAAGAAACAGCACCAGCCUGAGGAAGAGACCUCCAGCAGCGGGAGUAGUGAGGAUGAUACGAGUAGCGACAGUGACAGCGACAGUGAGAGCGAUGACUGACACGUCGUUGACUCCAAAGGGCUUGUAGGAUGUGACAGGAUCGGCGCCUGCAUGGCAUCCGGCGGUGGUUUGGGAACAAGUCUGAAACAGUCCGAGUCAUGGUUCGAGUACAAUUUAUUAUGGCAACUUGAAGGUGCUUCACAGUGCUCUAAGGACACGCCUGAUGCUCCCUGUGGACGAGAUAGUACUGUACCUACCCAGGUAGCGCCUCAAUAACUCGUUGUACUACCCAGGUACUAGUAACGCACUACUGUGUACAGUUCUUCAGUUCUUGAAGUUGUGCAGUGCUCG